CCGAGCGGAAGUUUGACUUUCCUGGGCAGGAAAUUGUCAGCCGUGUUUUUGUUGCUAGUGGGGACUGUUGUGUUGUGAAAAUGGCGACGUCUCGUCGCACUUCUCAGCAGCAGCAGCAGCCAAACUCCCUGCUGUCCUCCCCGCCCCGCGGCUCCUCUCUCCCCGUCACGCCGCCUGGCUCUCCGCCGGCAUCCACCGACGAUGCCACCCCGCUUCCCCACAGAGGCGCGAUGGAGAACGCGGCUGACGGUGAGGUAACCCCCGCCUCUCCCACCACCACCUCCCCAGCUCUGGCCCUCACCGCCAGCAGCAGCAACAGCAGCACUAGCAGCAGCGCUAGCUCCCCGACCACCACCGAGGGUAGCGGGACCAGCCCCGGCUCUACGCCCGACUCGGGCAGCGGUAACCCGGGCAGCAGCUGCAGCAGUAGCAGCAGUAGCAGCGGUGGUGGUGCAAACGGGGCUUUCAGGGAGCUGUUUGAAGCCUGUCGAAACGGGGAUGUUUCGAGGGUAAAGAAACUCGUGGAUGCGGUGAAUGUGAACGCCAAAGACAUGGCAGGACGUAAAUCGACACCUCUGCAUUUUGCUGCAGGUUUUGGGCGGAAAGAUGUGGUGGACCACCUGCUUCAGACAGGUGCUAAUGUGCACGCACGGGAUGAUGGGGGUCUGAUCCCGCUUCACAACGCCUGCUCAUUUGGUCACUCCGAGGUGGUGUCCUUGUUGCUGUGUCAGGGGGCCGACCCGAAUGCCCGAGACAACUGGAACUACACGCCACUCCAUGAAGCUGCCAUCAAGGGCAAGAUAGACGUCUGUAUAGUGUUACUGCAGCAUGGAGCCGACCCCAACAUCCGCAACACCGAUGGCAAGUCUGCCCUGGACCUGGCUGAACCCUCCGCCAAGGCCGUGCUCACAGGUGAAUACAAGAAGGAUGAGCUACUGGAGGCGGCGAGGAGUGGAAACGAGGAGAAGCUAAUGGCCUUGCUUACUCCGCUAAACGUCAACUGCCACGCGAGCGACGGCCGCAAGUCCACUCCACUCCACCUGGCAGCAGGAUACAACAGGGUGAGAAUAGUUCAGCUGCUACUACAGCAUGGAGCAGAUGUUCACGCCAAGGACAAGGGUGGUCUGGUGCCUCUACAUAAUGCCUGCUCCUAUGGACACUAUGAAGUUACUGAGUUGCUGCUAAAGCAUGGGGCGUGUGUGAACGCUAUGGAUCUAUGGCAGUUCACCCCUCUCCAUGAAGCGGCAUCUAAGAACAGAGUGGAGGUCUGCUCUCUGCUGCUGAGCCAUGGCGCUGACCCGACCCUGCUCAAUUGCCACAGCAAGAGCUCUGUGGACAUGGCGCCCACUCCUGAGCUGAAGGAGAGACUUACGUAUGAGUUUAAGGGCCACUCACUGCUUCAGGCUGCUCGGGAAGCUGAUAUGGCCAAGGCCAAGAAGACCCUGGCACUGGAGAUCAUCAACUUCAAACACCCUCACACACACGAGACUGCACUGCACUGUGCAGUAGCAUCGCCACACCCUAAGAGGAAACAGGUGACGGAGCUGCUGUUGAGGAAAGGAGCCAACGUAAAUGAGAAGAAUAAAGAUUUCAUGACUCCUCUCCAUGUGGCAGCAGAACGUGCUCAUAAUGACAUUAUGGAGGUGCUACAGAAACAUGGUGCCAAGGUGAACGCCCUGGACACGCUGGGUCAGACGGCGUUGCACCGUGCGGCAAUGGCAGGCCACCUUCAGACCUGCAGGCUGUUGCUAGGAUACGGGGCAGACGCCUCGCUGGUGUCACUGCAGGGCUUCACUGCUGCUCAAAUGGGAAAUGAAGCUGUUCAGCAAAUACUCAACGAGAACGUACCGGUGAGAAACUCAGAUGUGGACUAUAGACUUCUGGAAGCUGCUAAAGCUGGAGACCUGGACACUGUCAAGUCGCUGUGUACAGCUCAGAAUGUGAAUUGUAGAGACCUGGAGGGACGACACUCCACUCCCCUUCACUUUGCUGCUGGCUACAACAGAGUGUCAGUGGUGGAGUACCUGCUGCACCACGGGGCUGACGUGCACGCCAAGGACAAAGGUGGUCUGGUUCCCCUCCAUAACGCCUGUUCGUACGGUCACUACGAGGUGGCUGAGCUGCUGGUCAGACACGGAGCCUCGGUCAACGUGGCCGACUUGUGGAAGUUCACGCCGCUCCAUGAAGCUGCUGCCAAGGGCAAAUACGAAAUCUGCAAACUGCUGCUCAAGCACGGGGCGGACCCCACCAAGAAGAACCGAGACGGGAACACGCCUCUGGACCUGGUGAAGGACGGGGACACCGACAUCCAGGACCUGCUGAGAGGAGACGCCGCGCUGCUGGAUGCUGCUAAGAAAGGCUGUCUGGCCAGGGUGCAGAAGUUAUGCAGCCCAGACAACAUUAACUGUCGAGAUACGCAGGGACGCAACUCAACACCUCUGCACCUAGCAGCCGGCUAUAACAAUUUGGAGGUAGCAGAGUAUCUGUUGGAACAUGGAGCCGAUGUGAAUGCUCAGGACAAAGGAGGGCUGAUACCUUUACACAAUGCUGCUUCGUACGGGCACGUGGACAUAGCCGCCCUGCUGAUCAAGUACAACACGUGCGUCAAUGCCACAGACAAGUGGGCAUUUACGCCUCUCCAUGAAGCAGCCCAGAAGGGGCGGACUCAGCUCUGCGCUCUGCUAUUGGCGCAUGGAGCUGAUCCCACUAUGAAGAACCAGGAGGGACAGACGCCACUGGACUUGGCAACGGCUGACGACAUCAGAGCAUUGUUGAUUGACGCCAUGCCGCCAGAUGCCCUGCCAAGCUGUUUAAAACCCCAGGCCACUGUGGUGAGUGCGAAUGUGGUGAGUUCAAGUGUGGUGAGUACAGGUGCGGCAGGGGGCGUGGUCAUCUCUCCCUCUCCAUCCCCAUCCUGCCUGUCUGCAGCCAGCAGCAUAGACAACCUAACCACACCCCUCAGUGACAUCACUGUUGGCGGGGCCACUGGACCAGCAGAUGGAGCAUCUGGGUCUGACAGGAAGGAAGGAGAAUCUCUGCUCGACAUGACCAUGAACCAGUUCUUGAAGAGUGUAGGGCUGGAACACCUCCGAGACAUCUUCCAGAGGGAACAGAUUUCGCUGGAUGUGCUGGCAGACAUGGGUCAUGAGGAGCUGAAAGAGAUCGGAAUCAACGCUUACGGUCACAGGCACAAACUCAUCAAGGGCAUCGAGAGGCUGCUGGGAGGCCAGCAAGGCGCAAACCCAUACCUGACAUUCCACUGCUCCAGCCAGGGCACCGUGCUGAUCGACCUGGCACCGGACGACAAGGAGUUCCAGUCUGUGGAGGAGGAACUACAGAGCACCAUCAGAGAACACCGCGAUGGAGGCAAUGCAGGUGGAGUCUUCAGCCGGUACAACAUCAUCAAGAUUCAGAAAGUGGUGAAUAAGAAGCUACGGGAGAGAUAUGCACACAGACAAAAGGAAAUUGCAGACGAGAAUCACAACCAUCACAACGAGCGAAUGCUCUUUCACGGUUCUCCCUUCAUCAAUGCCAUCAUCCAUAAGGGCUUUGACGAGCGACAUGCCUAUAUCGGCGGCAUGUUUGGUGCCGGGAUCUAUUUUGCGGAGAACUCCUCAAAAAGCAACCAGUACGUGUAUGGGAUUGGUGGAGGCACAGGAUGUCCCACCCACAAAGACCGCUCCUGCUACGUGUGCCACAGGCAGAUGCUGUUCUGCAGAGUGACCCUGGGUAAGUCUUUUCUUCAGUUCAGUGCGAUGAAAAUGGCCCACGCCCCCCCCGGACACCACUCUGUUAUAGGACGGCCCAGUGUCAACGGACUGGCGUAUGCAGAGUACGUCAUCUACAGAGGGGAGCAGGCUUACCCAGAAUACUUGAUCACCUACCAGAUUGUGAAGCCAGAGAGUCUGGCCACGCCCGCUGCCACCCCCGAGCAGAAGUCCUAAAACACAAUCACAGCUGGAUCCGAAGAAGGCCAGACUGCAAUGGGCUAGAGCCACUCUCUAAGGACUAGAACUGAACUCUAGAAGGUGUUUCAAACCUCAGACCCAAAGUUUGCAUCUCCAGAGCUGAACUUGAGGUGGGUGAGGUGAAGUGUCGACCUGGCAGUUGUCAGACGACCCUCAGGAAGAAGACGUAGAUGUGUCUAACAGAAGAAGAGAAGGGGGAUGAGGAGGCAGUGUCUUUUAGUUUUGGGGUACAAUACAUGCUCAGUACAAAGAAGCAGAGCGCAAAAAUCCAUUACAUUCUUUAAUUAAUUGGGGCUACUUUUACAGGAGAAAAAGAAAACAGUUUGAUCAACAUUUCUGGAAGCCAAUGAGCUAAUUUAGAAAUUUGCAGGUGUCUGACUGAAACAAUUAAGAAAGCAAUUAGAAGAGGACACAGUCCAAAGCAAAACAAACAUCGCUGAUAUUGCACCUAUGCACUGCUCAUGUAUUCUAAACCCAGUUUUGAAUGUGUUGUUUUGAUAUCGUGUCCUCUUUAGGCUUUGUGCAUCAUCCACAGCAACAAAACUACACCCUGAGGCCACUUCCAGAAACAGCGAUUGUCAUGCUGAGAGAACAGAAAUCCUGUGUAUUUUAUGUUACAGCUUGUCACAGUUUCACCACCGAGGCUCAUGUAAACAAGACACAGCUCUGUGUUCUCUCACAUCUUUUCUGCUGUAAACAAAGAGGAAAUUAUGAAACAAGUGUGAGCAGGGAGUAGUAAAACAGAUUACAGCGGACAAAUACCCAGAAGUCAAUAUGGGACCAUCUUCUACAUCUGGAAUUUUGGACAUUUUCCAAUUCAAUUUAAUCCUGUGUUUUGGAGUCAGUAUCUAGUGCCGAUUAUAGGAACUGCAUCUUAAACAACUUCCACAUUGGCUCUGACAGUCAAACAUGGUGGUUGGUGCUUGUUUAAAACAGUCCAAACUCAAGUAUUUUACCAGAACCAGGAGGACCACAAGAGACCAGACUGUGACACUGUUAUAUGUACAUGUAUAAAACAUACAUACAUACACUGCACCCAACCUUGACUCACACGCUUCCUCUUCACUUGUAUUACAGUUCACUACCUACACGACUACAAAAACAGUAGGACGAGUUUGAACUUCAAUACCGAGAAAUCUUGUCAGGUGAUGUCACGAAACUGCACACCGCAAGCUCGGUUGACCUGCCCAGCCACUAUGUGAUCUUUUAUGUCAAAAAGACAGAAAACAGAUAAAAGAAAAAUUCAAGCUUUCUCUGGACAGAGCGCUUGCUUUCUGCUAUUGUAAAAUUUGUUACGUCACUUUCUUUGGUGUGAGAAGUGACUGUUACCAACACAAGAAAUGAUUUAGGGACAAAGGUUGACUUUUCAGAGUUUUGAUUGGGUAAAAAAAGGGGCGUUAUUCUCUGUGAAGCCCCACGUCGUGAUUAAUCCUGAUCUUGUCAAGUGCAGCUUAACAUUCACACCUCUCUGCUGCUACACCUGUGUGUCUCUCUUGUACAGUAACAUCUGGAGCAUCUUUUUGUUUCGUGUUUUAAUGUCUCUCAGAGGGACCUACAUUUUCCCUGUAUUGUUGUUUACAUGAACCUGCUGCCUUCUUUCCUCUCUACCUGUAACUGUUGAUGCCCCUUAGUGGUGCAACAUAGGAAUUGCUGGCUUACAGUAUUGAGUUGAAGGCAUUUAUGUAGGGAUUCAUUUCUACAGUACUGUUUCUUUGUUUGAGGCAUAUUGCAUUUUAGUUUUCUUCCUUGCAUUUUUCCAUCAUUUUGGGGUCAUCUUUAUAUUCCUGAGUUUACACUCCUCAAACAUUAUAAGCAAAUGUGAAAAAUGAGCCUAGUCACUGUAUCUUAGUGAGCCAUUCAGCGAGCUGGUCACAGGCUUCAAAAAGAUAUUUAUAUAACUACAAAUCUGCAGAUUUACUGAAGUUGAGGAUGACGAAGAGGAUGAUGGAAAUGUUGUACAUAAAGAUGAGCUAUCACACAUCUGUUUAACCAUUUAUGGUGACACACUAACUUCAUAACCGCAAGAUUAGCGAACUCCUCACACUUAUGUACUGUAAGCUUCUUUUGUUUUUACUAUACUAACCAUGUUCUUCUGUUGUUAGUUUAUUUCUGAUUUUUAUUUGUUAUUAAUGACACUGUACACCACACGGGACCACACACAAGUUUAGUUUCUUUCAUGUCGAUCAUGUCAGGUCAAGUUGAGCAGUGCUGAAGGUCUUUGAAAUUCCUUGAAAGUGUGUUGAAUAAAAGGGGAAAUGCCCUUAAAAGUUUUUGAGAAUGAAUAGAUUGCCUUGAAAUCACUUGGAAAGUCACUAUGAUAGGUUUACCCAAAUCAGGCAGCAGCAAAAGAGAUAGCUGGUUUAAAUCUGUUACAAAAGAUUUUUAGAUAUUAGUUAGGGACAGGCUGUUUAAAUGUCAAAGCUGUUCUCAUAUUUUAUUUUUUAUUUUUUUUAUCCUGACUUUAUCAUUACAGUGUCUGUCAGUAAAACACAUUUUUCAGCUGAUUUGCACUUUCAAAGUGAAUAUGAUGUUGGUCUGAGCCUAGUGCAAACAAACAUUAAAUCCGUGUUAAGUGUGAACUGAACCUAAAAUCUUCAUUUGUUUUCAGAAAAAGUUAACUGGCAGCUCAAAAUAGCAGCCCCUGAGACUACUUAACUAAACCCUUUUUGUCAGACAAUUUUCAAGCCAUGAAGUUUUCACAUCAGCAUUUUUUCUCCUCAGUUUUGCAGCCCACACAUUUGAUAGCAAUACUUCAUCCCAAUAACAAUGAAUGAUAAGUUAUUUGAGUAGCAGCACAUUUCAGCAAAUUACAAAGUGAUUCAUUGCAAGGAAAAUGAAUUAAAACUGAAAAAUCAAGUAGAUAGAACAACGACUGAUGACUAAAGUAAAAUGAGAAAAACUAAUAAGCUUGAAAUUAAAUUGUAAUAGGAAAACGUUUUCAAAGGGAAACAAAAACAGUUGCAGCACUGUGACACAUUUAAAGUAUAUGGCCUUAUGUAUUUUUUAGUUUUUAAGACAUGACUAAAAUUAUGACGAUGAUGAAUUUAGCUGCCUGGAAGACAUUUCUCUUACACACAUACUGUCUGUCAAAUUAUUGUUUUUCCUCACAAAGUCCAUUAUUUAAGAUCUGGCAUUUCACAGAAUGCCCCUAUCUCAAUUUAUAAAGCUCUGAUUAGAUUUUUAAAUAGGUGAAUGACUAACAAAGCAAGUGUAAAGUCUGUUUUUUUGAGACCAGCCAGGAUGAUAGGUUUUUCUGUUGUUUUCUUUUUGACACCUUCAUGGUUGUACCUGAUCAGCGUCAGCACUAGGACAAUGGUUUCAGAUGAAGUGGCAGCACCACUGUUGGCGCUCUCUUGGCAUACAGAGCAAGUGGGGUUUAUGGUGUUGACCUUAUUAAGGUCAGCACACCAUAUAAGUUAUUAGCAGAGAGCCGUAGGCUUUGUUUUAAAUCAGACUGUAAAUAAACUAACUCCAGAUGGGCCUUUUAAUGGGUCUUUUAUGGAUGAUUUUGAGUUUAUUUUUCUUGCUUUUUUUUCCUUUGAAAGACUUUUGAAAGACUUUUUUUAUGUGAUAACUAUUUGAAUUGUGUUUUAGCUGCUCUGUCUCUACUUAUGUCUCAAGGGCCAGUCAGCCAUCUUGUUGUAAAUAGUUUGGAGGGCUGUGUGUGUGUUCAAUCAAUCCAUGCCUCACCUUCUGACCUGCCUUCUACUGAAAGCCACCACUUCAAUUAACACAUUUCCUCAUCAGUGAUGUUUGACUUCCUGUUGUACAGAUGGUUGUACAGAGCUGCUGACCAGCUAACAUGUGGAACAGAGAAACUCCUCAUUCUUGUACAGAAGAAAAUCCUUAAUAAAAGAACUUAAAGUGUC